AUGUCACUUGCAGAGUGUGCAGAGGCUCGAGGGGUGGAAAGCGGCGCCAUCUCCGACAGUCAAAUGAGCGCCUCUUCCGAAUGGAGUCACAAAGAAAAAGCUCAUUAUGGUAGACUUCAUGUAAAAGAAACACAGCACAACGCAGGGGGCUGGGUGGCUCGCACAAAUGAUGAAAACCAGUGGCUGCAGAUUGAUCUGAAUAAUCGAUACAUUAAAAUAACAAGGGUUGCAACACAAGGACGAAACAUCCUUAAUUCGCCGGAUAGAGUAACCAAGUACCGUCUGACUUACAGCAACGACGGACUAAAUUUCUACUUUUAUAAAGAGCAUGGACAUAACGAGGCCAAGAUUUUUUAUGGCAAUACAGACCAAGACACGGUUGUGUAUCAUGACCUUUCACCACCAAUCAGGGCAAGAUACAUCCGUUUUCGACCCACAAGUUGGAUUGGUGGGGUAACUAUGCGAGUAGAGUUGUACGGCUGUCUAGAAUGUCAAGACCCCCUUGGUAUGGAAAACGGUGCCAUUUCUGACGGACAAAUUAGUGCCUCUUCAGAACUGAGUACAGAUCAUGCGUCGACCAAGGGCAGACUAAUAUUAAGCAAGGGAACUUGGUUGCCUCUGAAAGACGAUGGCGACCAGUGGCUCCAGAUCGAUUUGCGAAAUAACAAUAUCAUCGUGAAACGAGUUGCCACACAAGGAAUGAAUGCUUCGCCUAAGUGGGUCUUUGCUGGAAAUUAUGACCAGAAGGCAAUCGUUUAUCAUGACCUGAGCCCACCUAUCGUGGGACGUUACAUCCGAUUUCGUCCAGUUAACUGGCAGGAGGGAAUAGCAAUGAGGGUGGAGCUGUUCGGUUGUCCAGGUAACCUUAAGUGA